CUGGUGGUUUGUUUACAACCGGUUCGGGCGCACAGUUGAACGCGGUGAAAUGGAAGCGGAAACUAAAAAGGUGUUUAAAAGAAAGAAUCUCUCGGAGGUAAACCCGACGAUCGGGAAAAAGCGACAGUGGAAAUCUUUGAAGCAAAUACUGACUCACGAGAAAACGUUACAAUGGAAGGCGACGGACAUUGCAUAUUCCUCCGUGAACGCACCGCCGUCUUUGAAGCCGGCCAAAAAAUACUCCGACAUCUCGGGGCUGGUCGCGCCGUACACUGACCCACACUCGAAGCUGCGGUUCCACAACGCCGAGGAGUACCAAACGAUACGCACCUUCCCCAUGGAUCUGACUGCCGGAUACUUGGCGCUGCGCGGUGCCACGAGCAUUGUUUGAGGCACUGUCGAGAAACAAACGGUAUUUGUUAAGCAAACACUAAACUUAAUCGUAAUGCAUUUUAUUUUAGUAAAACAUCGAUUACCACAAUAACCAUUCUACGUAUUGUUGG